AUGGAGGCACCACUUGAAGAAACCAGAUUUAAAGUGUUACUAGAGUUGAAGGAGUCUGCAGAUAUCAACGGAAGACAUGGACUUGAUCUUGUGAUGGUAAUAGAUAUCAGUGGAAGCAUGCAUGAGGGAGGCAAGUUAAACAAAUUGAAAAUCGCCACGAAAUUGGUCGUUGAGAAACUUAGCCCCGUUGAUCGUUUCUCGGUUGUCACAUUCUUUGACAGCUCGAUCAGAUUGUUCCCACUGCACCAGAUGACUAAAGAUUCUAAAGACGAGAUUAUAGAGGAGAUCAAACUUUUAAAAGCCAAAAAUAGUAAAAAAAAUAUUGCUAAGGGCCUUAGAAUGGCCUUAAAAGUGCUCAAUGACCGCCAUUUUACGCCUGGGCGUGUGGGUGCCGAAAAUAGAGGUAAAGCUGCCGAGGUUGAUGUUAGCAAGGUGCCAGUACACACAUUCGGGUUUGGUGCAAGCCACGACCAAAGGGUGCAAUUAGAGAUAGCAAAGAAGAGCAAUGGAGGAACGUUUUCAGGUGUGCAAAAUGACAACAACUUGCUCAUUGCAUUUUCCCAGUGUUUGGUUGGGCUUCUCACCGGCGUUGUUCAGGACUUGCGGCUAAUAGUCGCACAAGUCAACACAGAAUCGAUACUCAAGAACUUGCUCGCUGGAAACUAUCCAAUUGAGACCAAAAACUCUGCAGUUACUAUUUUCUAUGGCGAUUUCUACGGAAAGGAGGUACGCAAGGUCAUAGUCGCAAAUGAGUCACUGCAAUUAUGCCGUCGGUUGCAUCAUUAA